GGCGGAGGGGGUAUGAAGCUGCUGCGGGGGCCGCUGGGGGCUGCCCUGGGCCUUGUGUUGCUGCUGAGCCCGGUGCAGACGGUGGAGCCCAUCAGCCUCGGGCUGGCGCUGGCUGGCGCCGCCUCAGCGCUCACCGGCCUCAUCUCCUACCCCCGCCUCUACUGCUACUUCAAGGAGUGCUGCCUCCAGCGGGAGGGGGCCCGGGCGGGAGCAGCACUGCAGGAGGAUUUGGACAAGAAACUAUUUGGCCAGCACCUCGUGAAGAAGGUGAUUGUGAAAGCUGUGAGUGGCUUCUUGAACAAUACAAACCCCAAAAAGCCUCUCACCCUCUCCUUGCAUGGAUGGACUGGUACUGGCAAAAACUUUGUCAGUAAAAUAAUUGCAGAGAGUAUCUACGAAGGAGGCCUGAACAGCAAUUAUGUCCAUCAGUUUGUGUCCACUUUGCAUUUUCCCCAUGCACAUAGUGUUGGCCAGUACAAGGACCAGUUGCAGUCAUGGAUUCGGGGAAAUGUGAGCGCCUGUGGCAGGUCAAUCUUUAUAUUUGAUGAAAUGGAUAAAAUGCAUGCAGGACUCAUUGAUUCCAUCAAACCAUUCUUGGACUAUUACGAGCAGCUUGAUGGAGUGUCCUAUCGACGAGCCAUCUUCAUCUUUCUCAGCAAUGCGGGGGCUGAAAAGAUAACAGAGGUGGCAUUAGAUUUCUGGAAAAGUGGAAAGAAAAGGGAAGACAUGGAACUCAAAGACCUGGAAGCUGGAGUUUCUCUGUCUGUCUUCAACAACAAGAACAGCGGCUUUUGGCACAGCAGCCUGAUCGACAGAAACCUCAUUGAUUAUUUUGUCCCCUUUCUGCCUCUGGAGUACAAACAUGUGAAAAUGUGUGUCAGGGUUGAACUUGAAUCACGUGGCUACAUGGUGGAUGAAGAAAUCAUAACCAAGGUAGCUGACGAGUUGACCUACUUCCCCAAGGAGGAGAAAAUCUACUCUGAUAAAGGAUGCAAAACUGUGUUCACCAAGCUGGAUUUUUACUAUGACUUAUAAUGUUUUACGAUGCUGUGAUCUGCAAAGGAAAAAAUUAACCUAAUCACAAAGUGGACUAUCCGAAACAUUUCAUUGGUCAAGCACGUUUUUUAAAAAAAAAAGAACAUUGUAAUGUAAUUGGCUGAUGUAAAUAAGUGGAAUACACUUCUUUUUAUUCUGGGGGAGCCUUGUAAUAGUCAUAUCUUCAAAAGACGUCAGUCCUGUGCCGUGAAGUUAGAAAAGAACUGUGCAUGGAACAGUCACCCCUUCCAGAGCAUUGUCUAACAGUGCCUGUGAUUUAUCUCAAAUCAUGGAUGGAUUGAUUGCUACAAUUGGUUAAUGGAACACAGCUAUGUACAUUAGACCUGCAGUUUUGAUCUGGUUUUAAUUAGGUUUUAAUUUGUAGAAAUGGUUUCCAAAUGGUGCAGAUAUAAGGGCCUUGAUUAAAAUAUUCUGUAAGACCAUUCCUAGGAGUUGUGGGUGGGGUAUUUCCCAGACUGUCUUUGAAAGGUGGAUAUGCAGGUUUUUCUUGAAAAUAACCAGCCUUGGUGUUUCCAGCUGUAUUGGAAUCAAAGUACAGGAGUGAGUAUGUUUUUACCUAGCAUGAUGUAGUGCCGUUCUUAUAAAAACAGGGGUGUAAACUGUCCCUUCUGGUGCCAAACUGCAUUAGGGGAAGGUCAGUAUGUGAAACAAGGCUGAGUAAGAAGAGGAACUGCAGCAAAGUCACUGACUAUGUCCCUGUAAUGGAGUUAGUUCCUUCUUUGGCUGUUCGCUGUGAAGUGUAGCAGUGACACUCGGUCUCUUUCCUUUUCCUUCUUUGCAGUAAUGAAGAAAAGGGCUAUUUCAUAGAAUCAGAGUAAUUGGAAGGCAGAAUCUGUUAAAUCCUAUUUAGUCCACAUAGCUGCUGUAAGAUUUUCUUUAGUUUCAAACUUUUCUAAAUGCAGAAAACAUCAGUCUGGAUAAUUUUUCACCCCUUUCAAGCUCUUGUGUGAUUUAGUUUUGAUCCCAGCCUUACAAGGCAGUGCCAUGUGGAAAGGGAUGGAGAUGGUUUUAACACUACCCAGGAAAAUAUUUAAUUGCAGUAAUGCCAAAGUUACUGCAACCCAUCUGCCAGUUUUAUUUAUAAAUGCCAACACUGCUAACUUUUUUCACUCGUUUCUAGCUCUCACAAUUUCAAAAUAAGAUUUUUAUAAUUCCCUCAAUAAAAGUUCUCACCAGUAAAA